AUGGACGCCCGAAAAUCAUUGGUCGGCCCUCACGACGACGGGGCGAUGGAGGGCGAGACGCUAGUGGCGUCGCCGCUGGCGGAGCUGGACGUGCUCCUCAUGCAGCUCAUCGAGAAGCACCCGAACCGCAACGUCGUGGCACUGACGGCGGCCUGGAUCGCGGCCCACGCGCUGGAGCCGUGGACCGUGUACAUCCAGAUCAAGCUGCGCACGUGGAUCAGCGGCGACCGCGCGCGGACGUUCAACAACAAGCUCAUGCUCUUCUACGUGAUCCACGAGUUCCUCAAGACGCCGACGCCGCCGGCCGAGCGCAAGGCGCGCCAGCACGCGUGGACCGGCACGGUCGAGCACAUCUUCCUCACGUGCAUCCGAGACAUGGACGAGUCGCGCAAAGUCGAAGAGAACAAGAAGAAGCUCUUCAAGACGCUCGGCCGCUGGGAAGAGCUCGGGAUAUUCCGCGCCAAGCUCCGCGACUGGCGACGCUUCAUCACGGGCGAGGCGCGGCCGCGGAAGCCGCCCCAGAAGAUGCUCUUGCCCGGCGCCAUGGACCCGUUCGAUCGGGACGGCAUGAACCUGCAGAUGUCAGUGCAUCGGCUCAACCUGCCGUCACUCAUGGAAGUGCAGUACGCAUCUCUCAGCGACAAGAAGCGUCACUGGCGCUUCACGGGCGUCGCCUUCAUCGACGCGCUCAGCCACGCGCUGGGCCUUCCACCCCACAUCGUUGUCACGGCCAUGCACUACUUCCACACGCUCUUCGACAAGGGGUUUUACGCCCGGGAGCGCUACAAGAUUGCCGCCGCCUGCCUCUUCCUCGCGGCCAAAGCCUCGAGCCAGCGCAUGCGGCUGCUUCGGAUGGUCCACGUCAUGCAUUACAUCCUCGAGACACCGCUUCAGUACGGCGACGAAGAGAAGGAAGAGCUCGAGCGCAUGCACCUGUUGCACUACGAGCUCCAAGUGCUACGCGGCGUCUCGUACGACCUCACGAUCGACCUCCCGUACUGCCACUUGUACCAGCUCGUCAGCAAGCUGCCGCCGUCCUGUAGCAGCGAGGUUGGCGACGUCUCCAAAGUCAUCUUGCGCGAGCUAUUCUGGACGACCAUGUGCAUCGACUACUCGGCCGUGCACCUCGCGCAAGCCAGCAUCGUGAUCGCGUGCCACAUCAAGCAGACGCGCUGCGAGUCGGCGUGGCUCUCCGACAAGCAGCACGCGGCCAUGGUGCCGCUCCAGCGCACGACAAUGCUAGAGCAGUACAUGCAGCUGCACGCGUGGAAGACGCAGCAAACGCGGCUCUUCCAGGCGGCGACGGCGACCGACGAGCAGAAACGCCACUUCCUCGUGACCCAAAAGGGGGGGCUCACGUGGCCCGUGCACGACUCGAUAUCUCUCCCGAGUGAAAUGACCAACCAAGUCGAGUCGCGGCCACCACCGCGAUCGCCACCAAAGAACCGCACCCGGUCGCCCAUCAAGGACCGCGCGCGGUCGCCGGACCGUCGCCACCGAUCGCCGUCCAAAGACUACCGCAAGCCACGGUCGCCCGCCAAGGACCGCCGACCCCGGAAGCGGUCGUCGUCGCCCCGGAAGCGGUCGUCGUCGCCCCGGAAGCGGUCGUCGUCGCCCCGGAAGCGGUCGUCGUCGCCUCGAAAGCGGUCGCCGUCGCCUCGGAAGCGGUCGCGGUCGCCGUCGUACCGGAAAUCGAGCUACCACACGAAGCGGUAUUCGCGGAGCCGCAGCCCGGACCGGGGUAGUCGCUACUACGCGUCGCGUCGCCGGUCGCCGUCGUACGACCGCCGAUCGCGUCGGAGAAAGGACGACUACGAGAGCGACUACAGCAGUAGCAGCAGCGACGACGACGACCGGUACCGUCGCCGGUCGUCGACCAAGAAACACAAGAGUCGCCGCUAA